CAUCGCCCCGCCACCACGAUGGCCGCCGCCGCCAGGUCGCUGCUCCGCUCGUCGGCCUCCCUUCUCCGCGCUGCCCCGGCGAGGUCCUCUGCCUCGUCGGCUGCGGCGCGUCCGCCUCUUCGGCGCGCGUUGGCUGCUCCUCCCCGCCUUCUCAGGUCGCCCGUCGAGUCGAGCUUCUGCGUGGAGUCGCUUCUGCCUCUGCACAGCGCCACCGCCGGUGCGAGGAUGACGUCCAUGCUCGCCAUCCCUGGCCGAGGCCUCGGGUGGCUCACCCAGGCUGAAACCGAUGGAGUAUGAUGCCAGCACUUUAGGAACCAGGAGAUCAGUGGUGCUUGGAGUUCUUUUUGUGACCCUGCAGAAUGAGUUGACAAAAAAAAGUACGCUUUACUUUACCUGUAUGUGAACUGUGAUGAUGACUUAAUAAAGAAUUUUGUAUGGUUCUCUGACUUUUUA